AUGGUGUGCGGCGGCCGCGCAGCCCGCUCGACCGGGCCGUCGGCGGCCCAGGGGGCGAGCAUGCCAAUGCGCGCUGCAUGGCUUGCCGCCAUCGCGUGCAGCGAAGGAAAAAGAAUCUUUUUGUUGCGGCGACACCUCAGCACAGCAAUGUUCCUGUCGCUGGUCUGGCCUGCGUCGGCCGCCGAGGCGCUGCGCGGCGUGUCCGCCGAGGCGCUGCGCGGCGUGUCCGCCGAUGCGCGCCCUUCCUUUAACGGCCCUACUUUCCGCUGCCGAGAUGGCGGCGCCGAGAUGCCCUCAGCUCGCGUCAACGAUGACUAUUGUGAUUGCCUCGAUGGUUCGGAUGAGCCGGGCACUUCGGCUUGCGCGCUCGGCGCCUUUUACUGCGCCAACGUCGGCUUCAAGCCUCGGGUCCUCCCGGCGUCGCGUGUCGACGACGGCAUCUGCGACUGCUGCGACGGCUCGGAUGAGAGCGCGGAGCGAAGGGCGGCUGAGGAAGCCGCGCUCAACGCGACGCGCGCGCUCCUCGAGCGGUGCACCGCCGAGGUCAGCCCCGACCCCGAGGCGCUCGCCGCGUGCCCGCCCCCGACCGAGGCGGAGCCGGCGGCGGAGGAAGAGAAUUCCGACACCGCCCUGUGCACGCACUGCGAGACGUGCGGCCCGCCAGCGCCCGAGUGCGGCCCAACCGCCGGCAAGUGGGGCUGCUACGGCGUUCUCGGCGCGGCGCCCGCCGCGGAGGCGGAGGCGCCGAGCCUGCGCGCACUCGCGCACACCGACUCGCACAGCGCGCACGCACGCUCGCUCGCAAACAACUCACUGCUCACCUCACGCACCGGGGCUUGCCCUUUGCCCCCACUGGCGUGA